CUUACACGUUUUAGUGAUAAUAAAAGUGCUUUAGAAUACAAAUGCUGGUGUAUUCGGGAUGCAGUCACGAGUUAAGUGUCAUCACGGCGUUGUCUGUUGCGUAAUAGCGGUGUAUGUGGCAAGUUACAAAACCCCAAGGACUCCGAGAGCACUUCACAUUCCAGACUGCUGCAACUACAAGACUUUUCUUUUAUAAACCCCAGACAUGGAGAACCACAGGCCAUUCCUUGUGCUGCUGUUCUUCGCCUUUGCAGUCGGUUUUAUCUCGGUUGUGUUCGUAUUGAGGUGGGUUUUACAUUUCAGAGAGGGUUUAUCCUGGGAUGGAGGAGCCAAAGAAUUCAACUGGCAUCCUCUUUUGGCUGUGACUGGGUUUAUUUUCCUUCAAGGAAUCGCAAUCGUUGUGUACAGACUUCCAUGGACUUGGAAAUGCAGUAAGCUGAUGAUGAAGCUCAUUCAUGCUGGCCUCAGUGUACUGGCCUUCAUCUUGGCUGUCAUUUCUCUGGUAGCUGUGUUUGAUUUCCACAAUGUGCAGAAUAUCCCAAAUAUGUACAGCUUGCACAGCUGGGUGGGAUUAAUCGCAGUCAUACUCUUCUCACUACAGAUUGUGCUAGGCCUUUGCAUCUUCCUCCUGCCUGUAAGUCCAGGGUUCUUGCGAGCUGCAUUUCUGCCUGUACAUGUAUUUAGUGGUCUCUUUAUCUUCACCACUGUGAUUGCUACUGCACUCAUGGGCAUCACUGAAAAGCUCAUAUUUGGCCUGAAAGAUCCGAAAUACAAAGAUUCUCCUCCAGAGGCCACAUUUGUUAAUGUGCUUGGAUUGCUGUUAACCUUGUUUGGGGCACUCAUACUGUGGAUUGCCACUCGCUCCUCUUGGAAGAGACCGAGUGAGACGCUUCUGCACAACAAUGAACCAGCAUCAGACAGCAUUAAAACAGACACAGCCAUGUCUGAGAGACAUGACCCAGAGCCUAACAGUGAGGCCCGCAGAAGAAAUGGUAAAACAGAGGAGUGAGGAGAAGGAGAAAAACAAGAGUAAGGAGAGCAAACUGUCUAUCUGCUACACUUCUUAUUCCAGAGCAGGCAAACAUAUCUUUAGAGAAUGUUGAAACAUUUUCUUUGUGGCCAAAAGGGAUUUUGUACACUGUUACCUAUAUAAAGAAGUGUUUUACAAGAGGUGUUACAGUAGUGUGCAAAAGAGGCACAUGCAACAAAAUGCUAUAAAACAAAGUUUCAGUAAAAAUAAUAUUUUUACAUUAACAAACUAGUAUAAAGAGCCGUAAGCAAUAAUAAAUGAAACAAAGUCCAUAUUUGAUGUAAUCACUCUUUGCUUUUUAUAAAAUGGUCUCAGGUACAGCAGUUUUAUAAGGAAGGAACCUGGUGGGUUUUUAAUGAGUAUCUUGUAGAACCAGCCACACUUCUGGUGACGUGGACUGUCACACUUGCUUCUUUCUGUAGUUACAUGCAAAAAUAUUUUUUUUUAGAAAGCUAAAAUAUUUGUUUUAGUGUUGGAUUUUUUGGAAAUCUAAAAUGCUUUUGUACUGACCUGACAAUGUAGUCAUAAAGUCAAAAAACAGAAGUCUAAAACAAAGUUUGUACUAAAAUAAAGGCCUAAAAGUUUCAAAAACUGUGGGUGUCAUAAAACUAUUUUUAUAUUUGAGAUUAUAGUACAAAGCAAACAGAUUCACUGUUAUUGUACAUUUGAAAUAAACUCCUUUUCACAUUUCACAUAUUAAAAUGAACUACAUCCUU